UAAAGCUGGUUCACGCACUUUAUUCUUCCUCCUUUUUUUUUUCCUUUAACAUACUUCUAUCGAAUGAAAGUAAUUGAUAAUGUAAAAAGAUAUAUUGCGGCUGCGGCUAGUCUUUGCUAUAGGAGGACGACCUCCUAUAAGCAGAGUUCUUGAGUUUUUGAAACUCACGGACUGUAAAUACCAGGGGUGCAUUCUAAAUAAGAAAAUUCAUACUGGCCUGCUGGUCUUCUGACCAGAAUUUCUAUCCACUAGGAAGCGACUUGAUUUCCAAGCUUGUAUUACAAGAUCCUAAAGUGGUUGAAAUGGUUACAACCACCUUCAUAGGUCCAACUGCUGCUUCAAUGUAUUCCCCAAGACCGACAGAAUGGGCAGACGGUUCUAAGUCCGAUGUCGUAUAUGUUUCCAAUGUUUCGUCUACCAGUUUCCCGCCAAUACUAAUCGAAGUCCAGCAUACAAUUACACCAUAGUUUAUUGACCGCCUGAUCAACUACUCUCUGUCUGUAAAAAAAUGCUUUAAAGAAAAACUGAUUGUGAUUGUAUUUGGCACGCAUGCACUUAGCUGUGCGCAGACUGUAAAUAGCUGGGCCUACACUGUAAAUAGCUGUGCGCUA